AUGGCUCCUCCUCGCCGUAUUUUAAGGCAACAAUUGGAAAUACUGAUGGAUUUCUUGGAAGAAAACAGAGAUAUGUCUAAAGGUUUGCUACCAGGUCCACCUCUUUCUCAUCAAAAAACAAGGCAAAAGUGGGCUUCACUGGCUAAACAAUUAAAUGCGGUACAGUCAGGCGCUUUGAAAACACCGGAUGGUUGGAAAAAGUACUGGUUUGAAUGGCGUCACAAAUGUAGGAAAAAAGCUGCUAAUGCCCGGAGACUACAGUCUGGGUCUGAUAGUGGUCCAAACAGAUUUGUACCACUGAAUGAUUUAGAAGUCAGAGUCCUAGAACUAAGUGGAAAAGGGAAUGUUGAUGUGACUGCCUCAUCAUCACAUCAAUUUGAUGAUUUUAUUGCUGAAGACUCAGAUUCUGAACCACUUGAAAAUAUUAAGAUGAAAGCAGCCCCAGCAGUGAAACUCAGACAGUCAGUUUCUAGUGCCCCUAGAUCUCCAACAGAUGACAACCUACGUAAUAUAUCACCACCACCAAAAUGGGCACUAGACUUUGAAGAGCGAAGGAUUGCAGCAGAGGAACGAAUGGCAGAAGCGUUAGAAUCAAUUGCAUCAAUUAUGAGAACACAAGAGGAACGUAGAGGAUUACUUGAGGAAAGAAUAGCAGAUGCACUGAGUGCUAUUGCUGGGACAGUUCAGGACUUGAAUAGUGGAGUACAGGAUGCGUUAACACAUUCACAACAAAUACAUCCAUCACAAGCAAACGGGUCUGAAUUAAAGACUGAUGUGUUCUUAUAA